CGGCGGGCCAAUGGGCGGGGCUGGGGCGGGGAGCCGAGGCAGGAGGGGCGCUCCCCCGCCCCCGGAACGGAAUCCUCCGGGGAGCGGAGCAGGCUCGCUCGCGUGCAUCCCGCACCAUCCCCCGGCCCCCGGCCCCGGCCCGCGUCAGACCGCGCUGCCGCCGCCGCCGCCGCCGCCGCCGCCACAGCAGCAGCAGCGCUCGGGGAUCCGGGCCCAGCCGGGGCCGCGGGAGGCGGGGGCGCCCGGGCCCUGGAUGUCCCGCAGCGCGGCGGCCAGCGGCGGACCCAAGAGGCCUGAGCAGCGUUUGCCCCCAGCCCCCUGUGGGGCCCUGGGGCCCCCCGAAACCUCCAGGACGGAGCCAGAAGGGGCGGGCACCAUGAACAAGUUACGGCAGAGCCUGCGGCGGCGGAAACCAGCCUACGUGCCGGAGGCGUCACGCCCCCACCAGUGGCAGGCGGACGAGGAUGCGGUGCGCAAGGGCACUUGCAGCUUCCCAGUCAGGUACCUGGGCCACGUGGAGGUGGAGGAGUCCCGGGGGAUGCACGUGUGUGAAGACGCUGUGAAGAAGCUGAAGGCGAUGGGCCGGAAGUCCGUGAAGUCCGUCCUUUGGGUGUCAGCCGAUGGGCUCCGAGUGGUGGAUGACAAGACCAAGGACCUGCUGGUAGACCAGACCAUCGAAAAGGUCUCCUUUUGUGCCCCUGACCGCAACCUGGACAAGGCUUUCUCCUACAUCUGCCGUGACGGUACCACCCGCCGAUGGAUCUGCCACUGUUUCCUGGCACUCAAGGACUCUGGCGAGAGGCUGAGCCACGCGGUGGGCUGUGCCUUCGCCGCCUGCCUGGAGCGGAAACAGCGGCGGGAGAAGGAAUGCGGGGUGACGGCCGCCUUCGAUGCCAGCCGCACCAGCUUCGCCCGCGAGGGCUCCUUCCGCCUGUCGGGCGGCGGGCGGCCCGCUGAGCGAGAGGCCCCCGAGAAAAAGAAAGCAGAGGCAGCAGCUGCCCCAUCUGCGGCUCCUGGCCCUGCCCAGCCUGGGCAUGUGUCCCCGACGCCGGCCACCACAUCCCCUGGGGAGAAGGGUGAGGCGGGCACCCCGGUGGCCGCAGGCACCAGUGCAGCUGCCAUCCCCCGACGCCAUGCCCCCCUGGAGCAGCUGGUUCGCCAGGGUUCCUUCCGCGGGUUUCCAGCACUCAGCCAGAAGAACUCACCUUUCAAACGGCAGCUGAGCCUACGGCUGAAUGAGCUGCCGUCCACACUGCAGCGCCGCACUGACUUCCAGGUGAAGGGCACAGAUCGGAGACACCCACCCCUCGUGGCCUCGGGGACUGGCGUGGGAGGCGUUGAUCUGCGUCCAGAAGGCUGGGCUGCUCGCAAAGUGCCUGAGAUGGAGCCCCCUGGAGCCAGUGACAGCGAUGGCAUCAAUGCCCUGUGCACACAGAUCAGCUCGUCUUUCGCCAGUGCUGGAGCACCCGCACCCGGGCCACCACCAGCCUCAGCAGGGACUUCUGCCUGGGGUGAGUCCUCCGUGCCCCCUGCAGCGGCCUUCCAGCCCGGGCACAAGCGAACCCCUUCGGAGGCCGAGAGGUGGCUAGAGGAGGUGUCCCAGGUGGCCAAAGCGCAGCAGCAGCAGCAGCAGCAGCAGCAGCAGCAGCAAGCGGCCUCAGUGCCCCCUGUGGCCCCUGCCCUGCAGCCCUUUCCCGCCCCCGUGGGGCCCUUCGACGCUACACCUGCACAGGUGGCCGUGUUCCUGCCGCCCCCACACAUGCAGCCCCCUUUUGUGCCCGCCUACCCGGGCCUGGGCUACCCGCCCAUGCCCCGGGUGCCCGUGGUGGGCAUCACACCCUCACAGAUGGUGGCCAAUGCCUUCUGCUCAGCCGCCCAGCUCCAGCCCCAGCCAGCCACCCUGCUCGGGAAAGCCGGGGCCUUCCCACCCCCGGCCAUGCCCACUGCCCCGGGGGGCCAGGUCCGCCCACGCCCCAAUGGGGCACCCUGGCCCCCAGAGCCAGCACCUGCCCCGGCCCCCGAAUUGGACCCCUUUGAGGCUCAGUGGGCAGCGUUAGAAGGCAAACCUGCUGUAGAGAAGCCUUCCAACCCCUUCUCGGGCGACCUGCAGAAGACUUUCGAGAUUGAACUGUAGCCCGAGCUGCCCUGCCCACCCCAGCAUCUCCAGGUGCCCACACCUGGGAAUGGAGGCCCAACCUCUCCCUAGUCCCGCUCCCUGGGGCUACACCCCACCCCCCAACAACCCUUCUAACCGCCCCCCCCCCCGGAACCACCCCCCACAACCACUACAGAACCGACAUUGUAACGCCCAGGUUGUGACAGGAUGGGAUUCAGGGACGGACCAGCCUGGCUAAGGGACCCAUUUCACUGCCAGACUUAGGCUGGUGGUGCCCUUCCCCCAAACCCCAGACACAGCGGGAUGGCCACCGUCCCACUGAGUGCCCUCGGUUCAAGCUACAUCUCCCAGUUUCUGUUGUUGACCUUCGACCUUUCAGUGUUGGGUGGGAUGGAAAAGGGAGGCCCACUUAGGGGCUCUUCUGGACCCCACAGGAGUGCCCACCCCAAGUCUGGCCGUCCCCUUCCAGACACAGCACAAGCAAAGGGCUUCCCUCUGCCCACCUGCUGCGUUCACUGCCAAUGCUGUGCUCACCCCUAUCACCCCUCUCCCCCACUCGGGGGCCCACAUCUUCCUUGGGCCAAGGUCUCGUGGGGGCAGGGGCCAAGUUGGGGGCCCAGGAGUUGGGGUGGGGGGAAGAGGAAGGAGAUGCUCAGUUACCUCACGUCAGUGCCCGCUGGGGAAGGGCCCGGGAAGAAGGGGGGGGUGCCUGGCGGGUACUUUUCUAUCUUUUAUUUCCAGAUUUUUUUGUAUCUAAACUCACAGAUUUGUAUUAUACAAGGACAGCCAAUAAAGGAAGACUAUAAUGGUG